UAAAACUUUUCCCCGGUUUUUAAUUUCUAAUUUGACACCCGAAACCUCUUAAUUCCUGCUCUUGGACCUAAUUGUCGCGUCUUUUGUCUCUAACUGAUGACUUUGAGUCGAGCCUUGAACACACCUCGCAACUCCUCAAGCCUCAUCUCAUGGAUUUCCAGUGGUAAGCUCCAGCAAACAGUAGCCAAGUGUGUAGAAGUCAGCGGAAUCGGUCUCCACUCGGGCAAGAUUUGUACUGUCAGAAUAUUACCGGAGGUAGGAGGGGAGGGUAGGUACUUCGAAUUCGGUAGCAAUGUGAUUCGGGCAUCUAUUGAUUACGCGGAGGAGGAGUCUCGACUGUGCACCAGGCUGUGUAAAGAUGGACACUCUAUUAGUACCGUUGAGCACUUGCUUUCCGCUUUGGAAGCCACCGGCGUCGAUAAUUGCCGUCUCCAAAUCCAAACCUCCCAUCCUCACCAUCCAUCCUCCUUUGAGGUUCCUAUUCUGGAUGGAUCAGCAAGAGAAUGGGUGGAAGCAGUUGAAGAAGCUGGGCUGAAGGUAGCAUUAGAUCGUAAUGGUAAAAGCUGUGAGAAAUUAGCUCCUGUUCUUAGAGAACCUGUUACUGUAUGGAAAAAUGAUUCUUUUAUAGCUGCAUUCCCUUAUUCAACGGUCAAGAUCACCUAUGGCAUUGACUUUCCACAGGCACCUGAAAUUGGCUGUCAAUGGUUCUCUUCAACCUGUCUGGAUAAAGAUUUCUUCUCCAAAGAACUAGCUUCUGCAAGAACCUUUUGCAUUUAUGAGCAGGUUGAACAACUAUGCAAAUCAGGAGUUAUCAAGGGGGGUUCGGCAGAAAACGCCAUUGUUUGUAGUGAAAGUAGAGGCUGGCUGAAUCCACCGCUGCGUUUUAGUGAUGAACCUUGCAGGCACAAGGUUUUAGAUCUUAUAGGUGAUCUCUCUCUUUUGGCGCACGGUGGUAACCAAGGGCUUCCAGUGGCACAUAUUAUUGUUUAUAAGGGCGGACAUGCACUGCAUGCGGAUUUUGCUCGCUGCUUAUCAAGAAUCAACUGAGCCUGGUAUUGAUGGAAAUUUACUAGGCUUGGUGCUCUAGCUGUUGUUGGUAGAAGCCUUUACUCUUUACGAGUCCCUUCUGGUCCAAAGGUCUUCAAGAAUGUGAUUGACUAUUUGCUAAACGUUGUCAAUGCGUAAGCUAAGUGUUAAAAAGUAGGAGCCAUGAGUUACUUGACCCAACUUUUGACAACAUUAUCACUUGGAUGGUAAUUGGUAAGACUCAAAAAGUAUUGUGAUCAAAUCUUUGGCCAAAGGAGUUACACCUGUUCGUUUUACCUAAACUUUUCAAUCAUUAA